GGCUUAUUCAGCUCUUUUCCAACAGCUUGAACUACCAGGCUUAUCGGUCUAAUCGCCCGGAUCUUAUCGCUUAUCGCAUUCAUCUUGUCGGCUCCCCGCUUCGUUUCCCAAAUCAAAAACGGCGAGUGUCGCUCACUGCCAAAAGCGCGACUUGACGCGGAUCAUAAUUUUUUUACCAAUAGAGCUUGUUUUGUUUUUAUUUUCUAUAUCUUGCAGAUGCCAGUCAUGACGACAACUACCAGUUCCCACCCCCUCAUGCCACCACGAAGCUCUCCAAGCGCGCAACGGGGAGCUUGGACUGACGUCAUGCCCCUUCCCCCCUCAGAUCCAGAGGAACGGGCGGCGUGCACCAUUCAGAGAGUAUAUCGUGGCUACCGAACUCGUCGAGAACUUGAAGGAUGUGGUCUGUCAGCUUCCUCUCGGUGUCUCAAUACUGGCAGAAACCCUCCCCCAGAAUGGACCGAUGAUAUCGAGGAUACCAGUACUGGUGCAAAUAUCGAAGAUGCGACCGAUCCCGCCCACAUUAUCAGCCCUGCGCGCAAGAACUGGCAACGAGCUGUCAGCGUUGCAAUACAGGCUAGCAGAGAUGGAGGACCAUCGGUUGACAGCGAAAGCCAUAGUCAUUCAGAUGAUCCUCGGAGCAGUCACACUCCUACGUGUCCUGCAAAAACGAUGGGUCUGGAAUAUUUUCUAGAAAUGGUCGAUUCAAAACAUCGGCAUGGGAGCCACCUCCGUGCUUACCACGCCGCUUGGAAAAACUCUCCCUCCAAUGAGAACUUCUUCUACUGGCUCGACCACGGGGAAGGCAAGGAUAUUGAGCUUCCCCGGUGCCCACGCGAACGACUCGAGAAAGAUCAAGUGCGCUAUCUAUCCCCGGAAGAGCGAUUCAACUACCUGGUCAACGUCGAUGAUGCGGGACUUUUGCGGUGGGCCAAAAACAACGAGUUGGUAGACACUGAUAGCAAGCGGUACAAAGACAGCGUGAACGGAGUAGUUCGUGUGGAUGAGAAUGUUCCUCGACAUGGAGCUCGUUCUGCCCAAGACCCGGUCUCGACUCCAGCGCCUGAUCAAACUCCAUCACGAGAACCUUCCUCCCCCAUCCCUCCCGUCAACGAGAAGACCAAGUCAUCAAGUAUAUCCACCAGAGAAGACUAUGAGCUUGGAAAGGCUGUCAACAACUUUUCACGCAUCCGCCCCGCAUUUGUCUAUGACCACUUCGCUGGGAGUUUAUCAAUCAAGGAUGGGAUGUGGAUCUUUGUUGCGGACACGUCGUUUCGUAUCUACAUUGGAAUCAAAGAACCCGGGGCAUUCCAACACAGCUCAUUUUUACGAGGAGGCAGAAUUUCUGCAGCUGGCCUGAUCAAAACGAAAGAUGGACAAAUACGAGGCCUAGCACCUCUAAGGUAAGCUCACAGCUCAUCUCAUAUAUCUCUAAAUUCUAACAGGCACAGUGGUCACUAUCGCCCGCAUCUUGCCAACUUCCGUGCCUUUCAUCACUCGCUCCAAGAACGGGGUGUUGAUCUGUCGCGAACGUCGAUGACCAAGUCAUAUGCAAUCCUGGCCGGAAUCGAAGGGUACACUACAGCCAAGCGCAAGAUCAAGAAUGUUCAUGAGAAGCUGGAUGAAGCCAAGCAAAAGCUUCAUUCCAUGCAUCUGCAUGCAGAUGACCCAAAGGGUGACGAGGAACCUUGAACAGCGCCUUUCCUACAAUAUCUAUGAUCGAAAAAAGAUCCGGUGCUGGAUUGCCUAAUCAUAUGCCUUCCAUCACCCAUGUCAAUAUUGACAGUGAUAUUUGGUAUCCAUACUGAAUAUUCGCAGCAUUUUAUUGGUCCCGGGCAUGGAUUUUUAAACCUGUGCGAAUCUUCUUUCUGGAAGCCCUUCUUGAAGGAUCUUACUGAAAUAGCUCGAGCGGGACUGUUCGUGCAACUCGGGUCUCCAGAGAUAUCGGAAUCAUUAUGCGAAGAGCGGGAUUCCUGGGCGCGUAUGCCCUGGCGGGGGAGAGUUCGUUGCUCAAGAUGCAUACAUACGCUCGGACGAAGAGCAAAGGUUUUUGAGGCGCGGCCCAGGAGGGCUGAAGGACCUUUUCGAAUCCAAAUUGCAUACAGAUACCAAUCGUGAGACAGCAUCAUUUUAUUGUUGAAGACUAUCACUUCACUUUUUUUAUCGGCUCGAAUGGCAUCUACAUUGGCCAAAGACCCCAUGCAUGAGCACAAGUUUAUCCAUUUGCGCUCAAUAAAUGCUAAAGAAAAUUUGAUGGCUUUUGCUGGUUAUAGUAUAUUUCAUAAUACUGCUAAAUACAGCAAACCCGAGUUUUUCUGGUAUUGCGAC